UUGCGGCUAAGUAGCAGUACUUCAGUCAGAGGGACAAAAAAAUGGCGUCUUCAGCGGCCCGGUGUUCCACACGCUGGAUAAGAGUGGCUGUGUCCUCAGGUCAUCGUUGCGCUGGAUCUCUUAUAACCGUUUCUUUCAAUGGAGGGGCCAGAAGUCUUUCCACUCUGCCGGCGAAGAGAAUAUGGCAGGGAGGCACUGCAAUAUGUGGGGGCUUGGGGAAUGCGUUGACAUUGGGAGGACUUCCAGGUGUUAAAUUGCCCCAUGUUCUCUGGACGCUGUCCUUCCACACAAGUUCCUCUGCCUCCAACAAACAGGACUUUUACACAGUGUUGGGUGUACCGCGCACCGCCAGCCAGAAAGAGAUCAAAAAAGCAUAUUACCAGAUGGCCAAGAAAUAUCAUCCUGACACCAACAAAGACGACCCUAAGGCAAAGGAGAAAUUUGCUAAACUGGCUGAAGCUUAUGAGGUGCUGGGUGAUGAGGUCAAGAGGAAGCAGUAUGACACGUAUGGGGCUGCAGGGUUUGAAGCAAGUCAGUCAGGCAGCGGUGGACAUCAGCAGUACUGGAGUGGACAAACUAGCAGUGUGGAUCCAGAGGAGCUGUUCCGAAAGAUCUUCGGAGAAUUCUCCGGAAGCCGUGGCUUUGGCGAAUUCAACGCCAUAUUUGACCAGCCUCAGGAGUUCAUCAUGGACCUCACGUUCACCCAAGCUGCUAAGGGUGUCAACAAAGAGAUGUCCUUCCACACCGAGGCCAGCUGCCAGCGCUGCAACGGCGGAGGGAGCGAGCCGGGCACCCAGGUCGUGCACUGCCACCACUGCAAUGGAUCGGGCAUGGAGACUGUGAACACAGGCCCCUUCGUGAUGCGGUCGACAUGUCGUCACUGCAGCGGGAAGGGAACCGUGACCUCCACCCCGUGUAAAACCUGUAAUGGUACCGGACAGACCCGGCAGAAGAAGACGGUUAUGGUGCCUGUGCCAGCAGGUGUGGAGAAUGGUCAAACCGUCAGGAUGCCAGUGGGCAAGAAGGAGGUGUUCAUUACGUUCCGGGUCCAGAAGAGUCCAGUGUUCAGGCGGGACGGAGCGGACAUCCACUCCGACGUCAUGAUCUCUGUGGCUCAGGCCAUCUUGGGAGGCACGGUCCGGACUCAGGGCCUCUACGAGACGAUUAACCUCUCGAUCCCUGCUGGGAUCCAGACAGACCAGUGGAUCCUCCUGAGCGGGAAGGGCGUCGCGCGGGUCAGUGGUUACGGAUACGGAGAUCACUACGUCCACGUCAAAAUCCGCGUCCCUAAGACUCUGACGGACAGGCAGCGGGCUCUGCUCAUGAGCUACGCGGAGGACGAGACCGAUGUGGAGGGGACAGUCAAUGGUGUCACCAGCACCGCCACAGGUAAGAGGUCCACUGGUAACUGAGACAAGGUGUUGGAGAGGCCGAUUGGACGCUCCCAGAAGACUGCCGCACAGAUGGACAUAAUCACACCCCGGCACUGAACUGGUUAACCCAGAUCCAACUUCACACUUUCUCCCAGAUCGGUUUACUUGCAGCAGGAGAUCAUGAACUCGAACACAAAAAGAACAUGUUGUUUGCUCCUGUUGCCUGAAACCCAAAUCCAAGAGUAAACUAGAGAUGUUCGUUAUCUUCAGAUUGCCAAUAGCAGCCGUCAACCAGUCCGAUGAUGUAUUGGUCUAUCUUCCGAGAAACACCGUUCUCAGUGAUUGCCAAAAGCCCCAUGGGAUAUUUUACCUUCUGUAUGCACAGAAAAUGCAUGCUUUAUUUUGAAGGCCUCAGAAGCAAUGCAAAUCCCUUUUGUUUUGGUGUAAAUCCUCUUAAUUUCAGAUGUAAUGUACGCACUGAGUUCUAAGUGAUCUGUAUGUUGCCCAUCUAGCCACAACAAAUGAGUUGUAUGACCAUCAGUUCAGAUUGGAAUAAGGAUAUGUUUUGUCUAUGGAUUUCUAUCAAGUGAAUCACAGGUAAGAUGAAUUUCUGUUUGGACCCAGGCUGGUGUGGAGAUGCAUUUGGGUCAGGUGUGGCUGGAACAGUGCUCCGUCUUCCUACCUUAACUUAACCUUUCCCACUGAACAUGAUGAUUCAGUAAAUGAGUAACACACCCAUUCUGUAUGAACUCAUGCCUUUUGUACAUAGACAGCUGUUAAUACUGCCAUCGUACCGAUGUGUUACAUGUUAGAGAAAUAAAUCAUCUUUAGUAAAAGUAACAUUUAAA